AUGAGCAAACUGUGCGACAAGACGGCGACGCAGUUCCGGUCGAUCAAGAAGUUUGGCGAGCUGCAAGCGUCCACGUUCAUGAGCUCGCACGCAGUGUUCCAGGUGUUUAGUGAGAAAAAGGAGGCCAAGCGCCAGGAACUACUGCGUGGACUGCAACAGGAGUCGCCGGACGACCUGGUCGACCAGGACUCGGAAAAAGUCAACGAUUUUGACCUCGCCAGCAACACGGCCGGAGUCGGAGCCAAUGCUCUCGAUCUUCUUGACGGUGGUGUCGUAUCCCUCGACAACCUCGCCGAAAACAACGUGGGCACCGUCCAACCAUGGACAUGGGAUCGUGGUAAUGAAGAACUGCGAUCCGUUGGUGUUUGGACCGGCAUUGGCCAUGGACAACAAACCCGGCUUGGAGUGCUUCUUCUCGAAGCUCUCGUCGGCAAACCGCUCGCCGUAGAUCGACCGGCCGCCGUACCCGUUGAAGUGGGUGAUGUCUCCACCCUGCAACAUGAAGCUAGGAAUCACUCUGUGGAAAAUGGAGUCCUUGUAUCCAAAGCCCUUCUCGCCGGUACACAGUGCUCUGAAGUUCUCGGCGGUCUUUGGAACGACCUUGUCGUACAGGUCAAACACGACACGAGGCUGUUUCUCGCCAUUGAUGGCGAUGUCGAAAUAGCACUUGACAAGGUUGGCACGCGAGGUGGAGAAAGCUCUUUUGAACAUGGUGGAUGUGGUUUAAGUUUAAUUUUUCAUUCUCGAAAACUACCUGUUGCUAAAAAGAAGAGACGCGUCGAUCGACGCGCACGAAGUUGGUAUCAAAGUUAUGAGAGUUUGCUAUGCAGUUUGGCGAGCGAGUCGUUGAUGGACGCGAGGCUGGCAACGAACUCGUCGUAG